GACAACCAAGUCUAGUCGAAUGAAAAUUGAUAAAAUUGUGAAUAUGAUCAAAUUGAAUAAAUAGAUUAAUAAAAGGUGAAAAUGCAAACUGAAAACAUGGCAAAAACUGAAAUAAAAAGAAAGCAUCCAAAACUAUUUACAAAGGAGGUGGUACCAUCUCAUGGAAGAUUUUUAUGACAAUAUCUUCUGAAAUUAAAACAUUGUUUGUAGUUUUGUCGAUUGACACGACUGCUUGACAUUCUACUUCAAAAUGUUGGUGGCCAUAUUUUCCUCCCAACCUGCACAUCAAAUCAAGUCAGAUUUUAAAGACAUAAAAAUGGUGAACAUUAGUGAAGUGGUUUUGAAAUGCUGUAUAUCACUGUCCUCUUUAAUGAAAUAUGACAAAUUUGAGCAAACAGCUGGACAAAGCUUUGAAAUCACAAAUGUCAUCAGUAAAACAAUCGCAGAUUAUGCAUUAAGAAUGUGGUCUUUGUGGCUUUGAUUUAAGGCAGGGCCUUUAAGCAAAGUGUGUUGAGAACACUUGGGGUCAUUGGCCAAACAUUUUCAGCGGCUCCAAGGUUUAGAUUAGUGCGUUUUUUUUUGGUCUUCUUGAUAUGUGAAUUGGCUGGCGACCAGUCCAGGGUGCACCUUGCCUCUCGCUCAGGGUCAACUGUGAUCGGCUCUAUUUCACUGGAAUAAGCCAGAGUGCUGAAGCCACUUGAGUCCCACCUUUUAUUAGCCACCAGAACAAGACCCCGGUGUCUUCAUAGGAACCAUGGCUGGAAAAAUGGCAGAUGAGCUCCGCUGUCCGACCUGUCUGAACAUCUUUAACGAUCCCGUCAUGUUGAAGUGUAGCCACAGCUUCUGCCGUAAGUGUGUGAAGCAGUGGUGGAAGCAUAAAAAAAUUCAUUCGUGUCCAGUCUGUAGGAAAACGUGUCAAGCGAGUGAUGCGUCUUUGAACCUGACACUGAAGAAUGUGUGCGAGACCUAUACACAAGACUUGCUUGACCCUGAGGCCAUCUGCAGUUUACACGAGGAGAAGAAGAAGCUAUUCUGUCUGGACCAUCAGGAGUGUGUGUGCCUCAUCUGCAGAGAUGCACAGAUUCACGCUGGCCACAAGUUCUGCUCGCUUGAGGAUGCUGCGCUGGAUCCCAGAGAGAAAGUCCAGAACGCCCUGCAAAAAGUCAAGAAAACACAGCAAGAUUUUAUAAUGGUCAGAGACAACUGCAGGGAACAAGCAGAGUACAUCAAGGUUCAGCAGAACCAGGUUGAAAGCAAAAUUAAGAAGAGCUUCAAGGAGCUUCGCGACUUCCUGCAGACGGAGGAGGCGGCCAAGUUGGUUGCUCUGAAGGAGGAAGCGCAAAGGAAGAGUCAGAUGAUGCAGGAGAAGAUCGGGGUUCUCCGCAAAGGCUUGGCCGCUCUCUCAGGCACAAUCCAAACCACAGAGAAGCAGCUGAGCUCGAACCAGGUUUCCUUCAUGAACAACUACCAGAAUGUGAUGAGCAAAAUCCAACAGCUGCCUGACAAACCCAAGAUGCCCUCAGGAGCUCUGUUGGAUGAAGUCAAACAUCUGGGCAACCUCAAGUUCACCGUGUGGAAACAAAUGAAGGAGAUGGUGUCCUAUAGUCCCGUGAUUCUGGACCCAAACACGGCCUCUCCGCAAUUCAGUCUGUCCGAAGAUUUGACCAGUGUGAGUUUGAACGUCAAAGAGGAGCGUCCAGCCAAUAUGGAAAGGUACGGGAACCGUGUCCUCGGUUCUGCUUUGAACUUGGGAACACACGUGUGGGAUGUUGAGGUGGGAGACAACACCAACUGGGUACUGGGCGUGGUUGGGGGGGAUUCUUGUUUGCCACAUAGCUCCUUUGUGUGGGGCAUUAGCUUUUGUGACGACAAAUACAAAAUUGUUUCAUUACCUUAUCAAUCCAAGAAUCUGCCAGUCAAAGAGAAAGUGCAGAGGAUCCGAGUUCAUGUUGACACUCGCACAAGAUCACUAUCAUUUUCUGAUUCUCUGACAAACACCGAAUUAUAUACGCGCAAGAACAUUCCCAAUUGGCCAAACCUGUCCGGUGAGUGGACAAUGUAUCCUUACCUUUACACUAACGACAAAGGCCCUUUGAAAAUAAUACCACUUACACUUUACGUUACAACUGAAAUCCAGAAAUGAUUUUGAAGCUGCUGUCACAAAAUGAGAUACAAAAUAUCUUAACAAAGAGUGACAUUUUUACUAACACGUGUUGCAUUCAUAUUGAGGCUUAAGAUCAUAUAAGAAAAAGAAGUAGACAUGUAUAGACAUAUGGGCUAAACUCUGUCACCCAGAAAGUAGAACGAAAAGCUACAUUGUUGGUUUUGUUGUGUGCAAUCGCCACCACUAGGUGUCAGAAAGCAUCCAUAUUUGCUGUCACCGUACAGUGCAGUGAUCCCUUGCUAUUUCACGGUUCGUUUAUCGUGGCUUCAAUGCAUCGUGGAUUUUUUCAAACAUUCAUAAAAAAAUGAAUUAUGAAUUUUGCGUUUGCCGACUUUUUUGUGGACUUGUAUGUUAUAUAAAAUUAUAUGUUUACUGUAUUUUGUUAUUCCUGGACUAAUCUAUAUGGAGCGGGGGGUUGCUACUUUGUGGAUUUAAGUUUAUCUCGGGUGGUUUUGGUCCCCAUUAACCGGGAUAAACGAGGGAUUACUGUACUUAGUUUUGAAAGCAUCUGUGUCAUCCAAUACAGAGCAUGUGUGAAAUAAAGGUACGUUGGUGACAAA